GAUUUCAACCCGACCGGAAAAAUAUUCACAUUUCUGUGAGCAGAUGGCCGAAGCAGCUGCAAACUGUAAAGUCCGAGCCACUGCGACAAACCAGCACAAGAGCCAAUCGACAUAAAUUGAAAUCGAACAUUUAACGAGGGGAAAAUGUGCGGAAAAGCCAAAAUCUCAGAAUUCUGUCCGAUUCAACGCAGAUGUGGAACAUUGCCAAGUGAAGCCGAUGCUGGUACAUAAAACCGAAACCUAGUGUUUUCUGAAAAAACAAAAACAAAAUUCUGUGAAAAGCAGGUCGGUUUAGAAAUUGAAACGGGCCCGAACAAAUCUCAGGAUAAUCCCCAAAAACGAGAAAUAAGGGACAUUUCGUUAUUUGAUGUUGUCGAUACCGGAUAAUUAUCACAACAGAGCCAACAUACAGAACGCCCCUAGCGUAGAGAAUCAACUUGUUUGUGUCUGCCAUUUGGGGGACAUAAUAACAAAACUGGCUGGUUAAAGGUAUUAAUCAGGACGGAUCUCUGGCAUACAGUACAUGUUACUGUAAGACACGGCACGUGACUGGAUUACUCAGCAAGCAGAAUGGAGGAGGGACAAGUGUACCAUUCAAAUACCCAAUCCGACCAAUCACAAUAUGUUUAUGAUGAAGCUUUCCCAGCAUUACCAGAGUCAGCCAAUCCGACUCCCAUCAACAACAUCGGACAAUGGAACAACAAGAUGCGAAUCAGGAGCUCUGUCAUAACACAGGUGUUUUUGGUACCAUCAGACGAAAGAAGAUUUGACCACAACAACAGCUUCGGAGAGAAGGAAUCUCUGAGAACGUGCUCAGCCAUUAUGAAAGAGACUGGUGCGCUCAUAGAGAUAUCUUCAUGCAAGGACGGUUCACUCACUUUCUUGCUCACUGGGAAACAAGAAAGUGUUAUGGAUGCUAGGAGGAAAAUUCUUACCACCUUCCAAACCCAAGCCAGUUCCAAGAUUUCCAUCCCUAAAGAACAUCAUCGCUGCAUUCUCGGAAAGUCUGGCAACAGACUUAAGGAACUUGAAAAGAUUACUGCAACUAAAAUCUCUGUGCCGGUUAUUUCUGAUAAUUCAGAUGAAAUCACUGUCACUGGUACAAGAGAUGGAAUUGAAAAAGCUAUCCACGAAAUGCAACUCAUAUCUGAUGAACAGUUAAAAAAAGCUAUUGAGAGGUUUACGAUUCCAAAAGUCUACCACCCUUUCAUCUGUGGCGCUUUCAACGAGAAUGUGAACAGAAUUCAAGCAGAGACUGGUGUAAAAAUUCACAUACCGCCUGAAGGCCAUAGUGCUCAGGAGAUAACAAUAUUUGGUGAAAAAGAAGGUGUUUUAGCUGCCAAGGAAGAAAUUCUUUCCAUGUACCAUGACAUGGAAGCAAAGUACACUACAGUCGGUGUUGAAGUCAACAAAUUAAGGCACAAGUAUGUGAUCGGAUCAAAACGUUCUGGUAUCGCAGAAAUUCUACAUGCUACAGGAGUCAGUGUUGAAAUGCCUCCCCCUGACUCCCAGAAAGAGACAAUUACCCUCAGAGGACCACAAGAUAAAUUGGGAAGUGCCCUCAACAUGGUGUAUGCUAAAGCUAACAGUAUGCAGUCAGCUGUAGUUGAUGCUCCUUCUUGGAUUCACAAAUACAUCAUUGGAAGAAAAGGAGCGAACAUAAGGUCUAUUACUCAAGAUUUUAGCAAGGUUCACGUUCAGUUUACGGACAAGGAGAACAAAAUAACAAUAGAAGGCCCUCAAGAAGAAGUUUCUCAAGCUUUCACAAAACUCAAAGAACUUACGUCUGAAUUGGAGAGUAAACUUGCAUACACUGAACUCACUGUUGAUCAGAAAUAUUACAAGCAUAUCAUCGGGAAGAACGGAGCAAAUGUAAACAGAUUGAAAGAGCAAACAGGUGUUUUCAUCAAUAUUGCAGAUAAAGAUGAGAACGUUAUUAGAAUCGAAGGUGACAAAGAGGGUGUAGCAGCUGCCAAACAUGAAUUAGAAGAGAUGAUACAGAAAAUGGAGCAGGAAAAGGAAAGGGAUAUCAUUAUUGAAUGGAAACACCACAAAGCCCUAAUUGGAAACAAGGGUGAAUCCAUUAGGGAUACUAAGGAAAAGUUCAGCUCUGUUAUGAUUACAUUUCCUCCUCCAGAAAAGAAAUGUGAUAUCGUCAAACUACGAGGACCGAAGGCGGAUGUUGAUAAGUGCUAUGAGUAUUUGUUGAAAAAAGUAGAUGAAAUUGUUGAAAGUAGUUUCACUUUGAAAGUCCCAGCAAAUGGUUGCCAUAAAUUUAUUAUAGGCAAGGGUGGUGCCACUAUUAAGAAGUUAAGAGAAGAAACAAAUACAACAAUUGAAAUGACCAAUGAUGGCGGAAAAGACAUAAUAACAAUUAUUGGUAAAAAAGAAAAUGUUCACAAGGCCAAGGACAUGAUUAUCAAAAUUCAAAGUGAACAGUUGAAUAAUGUGACUGAAGAAAUUUCGAUUCACCCCAAAAUUUAUAACUCUUUGAUUGGCGCUGGUGGAAAAAUCAUCAAAUCCAUUACUGAUGAGUGUGGAGGAGUGAGUAUUAAAUUUCCAUCUUCUGAUAGUAAAAGCGACACGGUGGUACUUCGUGGAUCUAAGGAUGACGUUAAAAAAGCUAAGAAAUCGCUUCUGGAGCAAGCUUCAGAAAGGGAACUCAACAGCUACACGGCAGAAGUCCGAGCGAAAAAUCAACAUCACAAAUUCCUUAUUGGGAAAGCUGGAGCCAAUAUCAACAAAAUUCGAGAAAGUACUGGUACUAAAAUCAUAUUCCCAUCUGAUCGGGAUCAAGAUAAUGAAGUAAUAACAAUUAUGGGAAAGCAAGAAGGCGUAGAAGAAGCUAAAGCUGCUCUUGAAGCUGCCAUUGAAAAAUUGAAUAAUGUUACUGACUCUGAAAUGACAAUAGACAUAAGACAUCACAAACAUUUUGUUGCAAAAAGAUGUGAAGUCUUGCACCAGCUCGAAAGUGAGUUUGAAGGAGUGACAAUUUCAUUUCCGAGAAAUGGAGUCGAGUCGAAUGUUGUUCUUAUCAAGGGGCCAAAGAACAUGAUUGAGCCAGUGAAGAAGAAAAUGGCCGAUAUUGUCCAUGAUCUUGAGGAGAGGGUCACAAUAGACUGCGUCAUCCCCCAUGCAAAUCACAGAUCUAUUAUGGGACAAAAAGGCAUGAAGGUUCAAGAAAUUGAGAUGAUGUACAAUGUCAAAAUAAAGUUUCCAGAUCGCAACAUUCGCCCACCUGAUGAAACACACGAACAUGCUGAGGGAGAGUCUGCUAUGGUCAAUGGUGAUGGGUACCCUAAUCCACUUGAUGUUAUUAAAAUCAGAGGGCUACCAGAAAAUUGUGAAAAGGCAAAACAAGCACUAAAAGACAGUGAACCUGUUGAUUAUGAGAUGGAUGUACCAGCUGAAUAUCACAAAGCAAUUAUUGGGCCUAAAGGUAAAAACAUCAAAAGCAUUGGCAGUGAUUAUGAUGUGUAUAUUGAGGUCCCUGGUCAAGACCAACAGGAAGAAUUCAUUCGGAUUCGUGGUGUUCCUUCAGCCAUUGAAGAGGCCAAACUGAAAAUUCUUGAAGAGAUGAAGAGAUUUGAUGAAGAGAAGGAAGACAGAAGGCUCAAAUCAUUCAAAAUAUCUCUUGAAGUUGAUCCAGAAUUUCACCCUAAGAUUAUUGGAAAGAAAGGUUCUGUAAUAUCAAAAAUACGAAAAAAUCACGGGGUUCAGAUUAAUUUUCCUAAUCGAGAUGAACCUGAAGAAAAUCUUAUUACAAUCCAAGGAUAUGAAGAGAAUGUCAAUGCAGCUAGAGAUGAAAUCAUGGCUAUAGUUAAUGGAAUUAAAGAAAAGACAAAAGAAGAGUUUGAUAUUGACAGCAGAGUUCAUUCUCGCUUGAUUGGUUCAAGAGGUCGGGCCAUUAAGAAAAUCAUGAACAAAUUUAAUGUUGAAAUCAGAUUCCCGACGGCUGGAAGCCCAAACCCAAACCUUAUUUGUGUCAGAGGUGAAGAAGAUGAUGUUUUCAAUGCAAAAGAACACCUCCUCAAUUUAGAAGAAGAAUAUUUGCAAGAUAUAUCUGAAAAUGAGGCCAAGGAGUCAAGAAAUGCUGCUUGGCGGGGCAGCGAUUUUACAAAUAAUUCAGGAAGUGGGAAUGCUACAAGCGGUAAUGGUUUCGUUGUGAUGGGUGGCCCUUGGGAACACAACCAGCAACAAGCACCAGACACUGCUUCCACACAGGAAUUUCCCAGUUUUGGCACUUCGGUUUCUAGUGUCACCCCCACACCAUCUUGGGGACCGAGAAAAUAAAUCAAUAUCUAUACUUUAGAGUAAAGCAUGUCACCUCUUAAAACGCCAGAAGAAAAGGUAUCUUUCAGGAAGAUAAAACCUCCUUACGAAUAAUCAUCAUAUAAUUUUAAUUACCCUAAUUCAUAGCGUCCUUACCCCUCCCUUUAAACCCCAUUUAGAAAUGGGCACUUUGAUCUUUUCCACUGCUUGCUGAAUCGGCAAAUGACCUUUGGCUACCAACGGACACACGUUUGAAUUAAAUUAUAAAAACCAAAAUAUGGAUUACUUGAAUUCCUUAUAUGAAAGAAGAGUCUUCCUGUGGAGGACGACACGUGCAAUAUAGACUCAAAAAUUUGUAACAACUCACAUAGAAGCUCAUAUAGGGAAUUAGUUCGAUUUACUUUUAAAGUUUAUUUUGAAUAUAGUAAAUGUGAACUGAAAGUUUGUAAAAGUGUAUAAAAAUGGAAAAAAAAGGCAAAGGUUUAUUUAAAAUAUAUUUUGUUGUAAACAGUUUUAUUUUUUAAAAUUAUUUCUAUAAACUGAUUAUAUUUAAUAAUUAUUAUUAUUAUUAAAAAAUAAUUUAAAAAAAGCAAAAAAUGUAAACAACAGUUGUUGUCAUUUACAGACUGAAGAAGUUAAGUAUUUUACAGUAAUUUCUAUGGUGAGGACUGCUGUUUUUAUUGAUGCAGUUGUUUAAUUGUUUUUGCCUCAACCAUUGUUAGAUUAUAAAUGAUAAAAUAAAGAAGACGAAAGGAAGGCCAAAUAUUCACAAUAUUAUGUCAUAAAAAGUGUUAUAAGACAAUAUUUUUUACCAUAAUAAAUUUUGGCCUCAAUAAAAGGUGGAUAUUGCUAAUAAAAAAAUAAAAACUGACCAAAAAAAGAA